AUGGGGGAAAAUGGCUUGAAUGAAACGGACAAGAAGAAUAGGACUGCUCUGCAUUUGGCCUGCGCCAAUGGCCAUGCAGAAGUGGUAACUGUCCUGGUCGAGAGGAAAUAUGAGCUUAACCUCUGUGACAACCUAAAGAGGACACCCCCGAUUAAGGCUGUGCAAUGCCAGCAGGAGGACUGUGCACGUAUUCUUUUAGACCAUGGUGCCGAUCCCAAAGUGAGUGACAUCUAUGGCAACACGGCUUUACACUAUGCAGCUUGUGGUGAGUGUGUAACAACAGGGGCACAGCUCCUUUCAUACAACAGAGGCAUCGAGGCGAGGAACAAGCAAGGCCUCACACCACUUUUGCUUGCUAUAAGUGAAACAAAUGAUCAGAUGGUGAAGUAUUUUCUAACGGAAGGAAGAAACGUACAUGCUAUUGAUUGUUGUAAAAGAUUCUCUUGGAAAAUAUCACCUGGAGCCUGCCAUGGAAGGAGAGUCUCUUGGUCAUAGAACAGUACAGGAGAAAGCAGUACAAACAUCCAGAGCAGGUAAAU